AUGCUCAUCCAGUGCGCAUCGAGAACCACACGCGAUCAGGUGCUAUCCCUGUAUCGCCGCAUAUGGCGAUUUGCUCGUGAGUGGCGUUCUCCCUCUGGCUCAGAUGCGCAGACACGGAAGGAAGCUGACUACAUACGUAACGAGGCUCGAACUUUGUUUCGAAAAAAUGCCGACCUGAAAGAUGAGCAGACGAUCCAGGCUCACAUCCGGGAGGCUGAGUCUCGAAUGCAGCUUGCCCAACACUAUGGAACUCCUUACCCUCGUCUCACCAACUUUCCUCCCCAUACACUGGCUGCUCAGGUCCAUCGUAAAAGUACGAAACAAAUACCUCAUGACCAAUCAUCAUCUGAGACGAAUACGACUCAUGUUUCCAAGCGGACAGAACGGAAUUUGCGGGAAGCGAUUCCCGCCUAUCUCCGGUCGUAUGUGGAGAAAUCAAAUAAAAAGCCUCACUAG